AUGACAAUCGCCAUCUCAGCGCUCCCUUUCAUCCUUACUUUUCUUGUCGUCGCCUUUGUCGUCUCGCAUAAGUUGUUCCCGAUCCUCUCAGGCCACACGCAUCGCAAAGCGCAUCAUGAUGGCGCCCGGUUGCCUGGACUGGCCCCACGGGAGAGAGCCCCAGUUUUGAAGCAGCUCCGACCAAAUGCCCGAAUCAUUGCGAACAUGAUUUUCGCGACAAACUUCGCCCUUUCCGCCGUCUUGGCCGAGCUCAUAUUGUGCGAGAUAUCAAAUACCGUGAAUCGCGCCACGCGAACCCUCGCCCUAAAAAUCACCCUUCCGUCGCUGCUGUUCCUUUUGGUUGUCGCAACCCCAGCUGUCAUCUUGCAUUCGGUGAUAUCAGGAACUGGACUGGACAUCACCGGCGAACAAAAGGGCCGGCGCAGGGCAGCAUGGGUUCUGGAGUUGUGUGGGCUUGCAGCAUGGCUCGCUGGCUUCUGGUAUAUCGGUAGAGGGAUGCUUGGCUCGUACCUGCAUCUAGAAGAACAGGAGCAUGACCAUUCAUUCAGUGAGGGCUGUCUGGAGAGGAUAGGUAUAAUUGGCAUCAGCUUGAUGGCCUCACUAGCAGGAUUCGCAGCCAUUUCUGCCAUGUGGCAUACUUUUGGUGUCAAAUACCGCCCAGUUUCCGAAUCAGACAUUGCUCGAAAGCAGGCUGGUAUACAGGCCACCAAUGACAUGCUAUUGACGAAAGAGAGUCGACUUCGAGCUGUUGAGCGCAAGCUCGCCGACAACCCUCAGCCAGGUUUUAUGGGCCGCGUAGUAGGAUCGAUUCGAGGCAACCCGGAUAUGCAAGAACGGAGCACCCUGCAGCUGGAAAUCCAGGGUCUUGAAACCAUGCGUCAGACUCUCCAGAACUCUUUGACAGUCCUGCGAGCCAGGCGCCAGUCUCAACUACGAUCGUAUACCGCUCAUGGACGUGUAUGCAACAUAAUUAACUAUGGCUUCGCUGUAUACUGCGCGUAUCGCAUUGCCGCCACCACCGUCUCUACCCUCCGCCGCUUCUCCUCGCCCAAUGCAAGCUUUUCAAGCAGCGACCCGAUUAACAAUUUCCUUGCGUUACUAGCGAAGCACUGGGACCCGACCAUCGAUCGAGUGGCUUGGAGUCGCACAAUUUCUUUCCUACUGUCUGGUGUCAUGCUCCUUUUGUCUUUUAAUAGUGUCCUACAGACUUUUUUCCUAUUCGCGAGGGUCGUGCCUGGUCUCUUGCAUCACACAAAGACCAAUUUCGCACUCAUAAUUUCUCAGAUUGCAGCGACAUAUGUCAUCAGCUCUACCUUGCUCCUUAGGAGUAACCUACCACCCGAGAUGAAGAACAAGAUUGGGGAUGCAUUGGGUGCACCGCUAGAACCAGGCUUCACCGAGAGAUGGUUUGAAGGUUGGUUUCUGGCCGCUAGUGCAGCGACAAUCAUAGGUCUCUGGCUUGGUAAACGGCUCAAGGGAGGGGAAUGGGACGAUGAUGGAGAUGCAGGGGAUGCAGAUAUGGAAAUGGGGAAGCGGACCACGUAGUCGUCGUCAUUUCACUAGUAUAGUAUAGUCCACCAAAUUUCCAACCUUUCCACCGACUA